AUGAAAAAGAUAUUUCCUAAACUUCUUGAUGCUAUCACAUGCGCAACAAGUUUAACUGAUGAAAGUGAAGAUCGUGACACAUCUGAGAAAACCUAUCGAAUCGAUAAAAAGAUGUACAUCGUUUACUAUUAUUUAGAUCUCGAAAAAGGUGGUGUCGGGCUUCAUCAUGCAUUUGAUAGUAAGACGAAGGCACUCAAGUUUGCAAGCGAGUUAAGCGAAGGAAAGGAUAGCGAAGUACAAUAUGCAUGUCAUAGUGGAGAGUUUUUCGAUCAAAGAGCUAAAAAUAGAACUUAUAAAAGAAUUGCAGUGGAUCCAGUUUCCAAAUUAUUAUUUCCAAAUAUAGCAAUUGGGGAUGUAUUUAUCGAGAAUACCACACUUGAUUUUAUCCAUAUUAUUAUUGAACGACUUUCCAGUAAGAAGACGGAAACAAAUAUGGGUUUAAGUAAUUGGUUUAAUUAUAUAAAGGAAGAAGAGAAAAUUGUCCAGGAAGCUUUUAAUAGAGAUUUUCAAGAUCCAAUUCAAGCCAGUGGUACAGGAAAAUCCAAGUUAUUGAUGAAUUUUGCAGAGUCUGAAGAUCCACAACAUUUUUUCAGUAUGGUAGACCUUUGUGGGAUCGUGAAUACAUCAAUGCCUACUGAACGUGUGUUGGCAGAGGCGUCUUCCCGAAUAAUAAAUGAUCCAGAUGUUGACCUCCCAGAACUUAUAAAUCAGUUCUCUUCAGCGCUUAAGAAAGGAAUAGUAGAGGUUGGCCAUCGUGAAGAGCUUACCACCAGAUUACUGCUUCUUAUAACCUGGAUGAUUGCAUUCAAAAGAAUCAUACACGUAGCAGAGAUGUUGGCAAUGUCGUUUGUUACAGGAACAUAUCAAGUUACUGAGUGCAAAAAUCAAAUCGAAAAUGGGUUAAAAGAUAAUCAAGUAGAUUAUAACGAAACUAGAGAUAAGUUCAUUAAGAAGAUUAGAAUUAACGAUAAUGCAGAUGUCUCAGAUACCGAAAUCAUAGCAUUCCGAGAGCAUUUUCAAAUUCCAUUUGCGUUAUUUGGAUUAUCUUCAAAAAUCUAUAAUUGUUUGAAACAUAAUAAAUCAGUGGAUGAAAAACCAGAAAAAGUUAAGAUUAUUAAACGCAUGGAACCAUUGGUAUACAAGAUGGAAUAA